AUGCGAGAUCUCCCAAAAGUUGUAAAUAGCCGUUUAGUGAGGUGGGCUCUCCAGUUGAAUCAAUACAACUAUGACAUAGAGUACAGAAAAGGAGAAGAUAAUGUGUGUGCUGAUGUUCUAUCAAGACUUCCGAUUGAAGAAGAUCAACCUGAGGAGGCUCACAUUGGUUUUUUGAAUGUUGAUAAGGUUGACUCUAUCAUGUCUUAUGACCUCUUGAAACAAAAUUCAUUUACAGAUAAAGCAAUUAAAAUGGCAAAAAACUUUGUAUUGAGAAAUACAUGGCCCCCUGUUGUUCCUGAAAUGUUGAAGUCAUACAAACAGAGGAAAGAUGAAUUGAGUGUUGAAGAUGACAUAUUAUUGUGGUUUGGAAGAAUUGUAGUUCCAGAAUGCAUGAGAUGUUCUGAUGUUCUGAAGAUAUUGCACACAGGACAUCCUGGUAUUGUAUCAAUGAGGUCUGUAGCACGACACUAUGUAUGGUGGCCCAACAUGGAUAAAGAUAUCGAAGUUUAUAUCAAGAGGUGCACAUCUUGUCAAGAGAAUCGAGAUAAUGUGGAAGAAGUACCAUUACAUCCUUGGAAUGUACCUGAUAGAGUUUGCGAAAGGGUACACAUUGAUCUGGCAGGGCCAGUUAACGGAUCUAUGUGGUUGGUAGGUAUUGAUGCUUUGUCAAAGUGGGCAGAAGUGGACUGUCUCAAGACAACAAACUCUUCAACAAUCAUUCAACGAUUGAGAUCUUGGUUUAGUCGAUAUGGAAUACCAAGUGAAAUUGUGACAGACAAUGGACCUCAAUUUGUAUAA